GUUUUUGCGUCUCAUGGCUGCAUCACUUUAACGCACGGAGCGCGUGAACGUUCUCUCUGAUCUCCACAUUUACACGGCUGAUUUCUCCUGUAAUUUCAUGGUUCAGACUUUGAGGCAGCUGGCAGAUAAGGCAGAUGAGCUCUUUAUACGAGGAUAAGGAGGAGUGCUGUGAGUUUGGCCUCUCUGGAGACCUCACUCAAGUAAACUCCGAGGAGUUGGAGUUUGAGUACCUGUUUAACUAUGAACCACGUGAGAGUGACUUUCCUUCUGGAGAUCUUAAAGAUGACACUGAUCUCUCCCUACACACACAUCCUUAUCCCUUGGACGGGCCUUCCUCCUACACCGAAAAUAGCACAGAGGCUCUUUCUGCAUAUGCUCAUCUGGAGCCUAAAAAUUACAUAGAGCAUGUAAGGUCUGCUCCCCAAGCUGUGAGUCCCAGGAUCGAGAUCACGCCAUCACGCGAGCAUCACAGCCAUGGGCACAAUUCACUCCAUGACCAGCUGGUGAAUGUUAGCCCUGGGCCUACACUCACUGUCCCUGGUCUUGACUGUGCUGCCUACCGUGAACCUCAGUGCCUGAGUCCAGCGAGCAGCAACUCCUCUGCCUCGUGGCACUCUGAGACUUACUCGCCCUUUGCAUCACCCUGUGUGUCCCCAGGUAGUGGGCAGGCCGUGGCUGGAGAGCUGUGUCCUCGCUUUCAAAACAUCCACACAGGGUCCCCUCGCACCAGUCCAGGCACAUCCCCCCGCACCAGCCUGGUCGAGGAGAACUGUUCAUCCUCAAGGCCCAGUUCGCGUUCUACAUCGCCUCAGGGCAAACGCACUUACGACAUGUACAGAAACCCCAAUCUGGUGGCUGUGGCUCGAUCAAGGAGUCCUUCGCCACAUGGCAGCCAUAAUGACCGCCAUUCCAGCACCCAUUAUGGUUCCAACAGCCUCACAGAGGUUGUUAAUGGGUUUGGGCCAGGGUCAGUACCCACAAAAAUUGUGAGAUCCAACCCGACAGCUUACACUAUAUACCCAGACAACCAUGGAGAGAACUACCUGGUGGAGCAAGAUGUCAAGACCAAAGCGGAGCCAUACUUUGUCAUUCCAUCAAUCUGGCCCAAGGUGGUGCCUGGAAUCUGCAGCAUCCCUGUUACCUCUUUGCCUCCUCUGGAGUGGCCUCUGCCCAGUCGCACAGACCAGUAUGAGCUGCACAUCGAGGUGCAACCCAAACCACACCACAGGGCACACUACGAGACCGAGGGCAGCCGGGGGGCUGUUAAAGCUCCUACUGGGGGGCAUCCAGUGGUUCAGCUACAUGGAUACAGAGGCAAAGAGCCCCUUGGGCUGCAGAUCUUCAUCGGCACGGCGGAUGAGCGAAUCCUGAAGCCCCAUGCCUUCUACCAGGUGCACCGCAUCACAGGCAAAACUGUGACCACGACCAGCUACGAGAAGAUUAUUAAUAGCACAAAGGUGUUAGAGAUCCCGCUAGAGCCAAAGAACAACAUGAAAGCAAUAAUCGACUGUGCUGGGAUUCUGAAGCUCAGGAAUGCUGAUAUAGAGCUCCGGAAAGGCGAGACGGACAUCGGGCGGAAGAAUACUCGUGUGCGCCUGGUGUUCCGCAUCCACAUUCCCCAGCCAGGGGGUCAAUACGUGUCUCUCCAAGUGGCCUCUCUUCCUAUAGAGUGUUCCCAAAGAUCUGCACAUGAGCUGCCCAUGGUAGAGAAGCAGGACAUGGACAGCUGUUCAGUGCUCGGAGGUCAGCAGAUGAUCCUGACCGGGCAAAAUUUCAGUGCUGACUCCAAAGUUAUUUUUACGGAGAAGACCCAUGAUGGACAGCAAAUUUGGGAAUUGGAAGCCACAGUUGACAAAGACAAAAGCCAGGCAAGCAUGCUGUUUAUUGAAGUGCCACCUUACAGAGACCCAACCAUCUGCCAUCCUGCAAAGGUGAAUUUUUACGUGAUCAAUGGGAAGCGAAAACGCAGUCAACCUCAGCACUUCACAUAUACACCUCUGGCAGUUUCUACCAUCAAAACAGAACCACUGGAUGAUUAUGAAUCUGGACAAAUUGGAUAUAUGAUGUCCCAGACAAUGGGCGUUUCCCCACACACCUAUUACCAUCAUAACCCUCGUUCAGUUCUCAGCUCGGAUAAUGGCUUACUCUCCAACAUGGCUUCCUGUCACCAAAAUCAUUCUGGAAUUUCCCCUUCAGAACCCUGCUUUCAGCAGCACAUAGUGUACCCUCGAGCUGAGAAAAGCAUAGGGCCCAGUUUAUACAUUCAAACAGGAGUCAUGGUGCCAGAAACCCAUCGUUCUGUCCUGGUCCAUACUGGUUCUCCAGCCAAGUCAGCUCACUCGAUUGGUCAGCAUCCUGUCAUCCAGUUUUCCCCCACCAACCAGCACUUGUUAAGAGGCAGCGAAAAUAUUACUCCACCAGCCCAGGAACAGCAGAACCUUUACUGUGAUGGCUACAGCCCAGAAGGAUCACAGACAGCAGUGGCUUCACGUUCUCCUGCUCCAGCACAAUCUCCCCAAAGCCAGCAUUAUGCCACUGUCAUUCAGCAACAGUCAUACACAAACAGGCUUCCAAAGGACAAGUCACCUCCUGGGCAUGUCCAUCCACAAAGAUGUUCCUCGGCUGAGGAACAGAGAGCCCCUCCUCCUGGACGAGUCACUGUCAAGCAGGAGAAUCUUGACCAGGCCUACCUGGAUGAUGUUAAUGAGAUCAUAAGGAAGGAUCUAACAGGAGUGCACGGCCGAGGACAGACAUAAAGCAAAGGAUGCCACAGGAAGUGUGUGGGACUUGCAGUAGUGCUUUCUUCUCCCUAGAUGAGUUUGCAGUUUGCAGGCACUUUCACCAGCACUCACCCGGGUUAUUUUCAACUCGAAUUAUUUCUCAUUUCAGAACCAUUUGAUGCCAAGUCCAUUGUGAUUCAUAGCCCAAGCAAACAAAUACCUUUUAAACCAGCUUUUAAAGCAAAAGUAAAACUCAUUUUAUUUUUCUGUAAUUGCCUAUUUCAUGCCUCACCUUGGUUAACUCUUGAGCAUAGUACGGAACAGUUAGAAGAGUUGCUUCAUUUUAAAAUGUUGUGUAUCUACCGCUGUCUGUCCUCUAUUCUCAAAAAGAUUGCACAAUGAAUUUUCAAAGAAAGUCAGAUUGAGAUUAUUUGAGUCAGACAGCUUUUGUUUACGCAUGAUACUUUAAAUAAUUAGCAAAUUAAAUAGCAGGCUAUAUUUUUGAUAAAUGAUACCAGUUCAUAUAUCAUUUUCAUAAUGAUUUUCAUAAAGAAUAUAUGUGCACUUCUUGCCAGUUAAUUAUACUGACUUGUACAUAGUUUUACUUUGAAUUGGAUUUUUAUUGACAAGAUGUAAUAAGAUAUUUUUUUACAACAUCUGUAUAUUUUCUUCUAAUGCAUUAGCAUCUAUUGGGAUUGAGUGCAUACUUAAUAUCUACAUACAACUCCAAACGGAAAACACAGAGCAGAAUCUAUUUUUCGCUAGCAAACUGUGUUACGAUGUCUUGUGCCUUUAGCUAAGAAGCAGUAAGCAAAACUUUACAGAAAAGCAGAACAAUGUAUUCUCAGUUUCAUAUCUUACACAGGCUAACAUUUCUUGCACUACAUUCAGACUCUUAACAUCAUCUAGGGUUCUCUAGUUCAUCUUGUGCUUUGUAUUUCUACCUAGUUUUUUUUUAUACUGAUACUGCUACAUCUCUGACUUUUUAUUCAUUUUUAUAGCUAUUUACAGCCAUUUUAUAAAAAUCACAGCUUGCACAUGAAGUUUCCUUGUUAAAUAUUUUUAAUAUAUCUUUUUACUUACUAUUAGUAUGGUUAUUGUGUUUCAUCUCAGAGUUGUUUUUUGCCAUAGAUAAUAUGCUGAGCAUAUGAAUGACAGUUUAAAUUGAUUUUUAUAAUCUAAAUUUAAGACUUUAAAGAUAUCAAUUUCCUCUAAGUACAUCACAUUUAACCAAAGCUUUAAUUUGAAAAAAAAAGAAAGAAAAAAAAAACCUUUAUUGUUUAAUUAUACUGUAUGUACAGACAGGUGACGAGUUAAGCUUGGGCCUUUAUCUGACUAGCCACAUUUAUCCCAUGACUUCUGUCCUGAUGGUAGUGGUCUCUUGUCCAGGUGCACACUUCCUGAGUGGGUUCAUGAGUAUAAAAAUUGCUGACCUAUGGGAGAAUUCCGACUCGCUUGUUUGUCCAUCAUGCAAACACGAAUUAAUUAAACAGUUCAUGAUAUUUACUUAUGAUAAAGCAUGAUAUUCAUUUCUCUAAAUACACAGUUUCAGUGACAUUAGCCAAAAGGACUGACUGAUGGCACGACUUCUCAUUAACACACUUUAUUUAGAUUUUUAUAUUUAAUUUUUCACCUGUCUGUAUGUAUGCAAUUUAUAACUAUAUAUAUAUAUAUAUAUAUAUAUAUAUAUGUAUAAAUUAUUAUUAUUAUUAUAAUUAUUAUUAUUAUUAUUUUAUUUUUUAUAACUCGAGCCAUUUAAACAUGGUGCUCUUAACAUCAUGGCAAACCCCUGAAUGUAGAUUAAUUUGAAACUGUAAAUACAGUUAAUGAAAUAUUUCCUUUUGUUACAUUUAGUGAAUAGUCAAUUUAAAGUAGAGACAAAUAAUUUUAUGAACUGUCAGUUGUUUUCUUGCCAUCUAUUGUCAUAUAAUCAUGGUUGUAAUAACAUAUGAACUGCAAAAUAGGUCAGCUAUUUUAUUAGAUUAAUAAAUUACUUAAAUAUAAUGCCAAUGUUUGCCAAAGAGAAGCUGAUAUAUCUUUUGUAUGCUUUAUGUAAAGGCUUUAUACAUGCCAGUUUUACUUAAUCCAGUUAUGUAUGUGGUGAAUGUUUAAUAACUGAUGUCUGUCAACAACAUACAGCAAUAAAACUGAAGAAUUUCUUCUA